AUGGACUUAUCAGUUGAGGAGGAGACUGGUAACCAUGAUGAUGAAUCGUUAAUUGAAAGAGAUUCAUCCAGUUCAUUAAUAGAAAGUGAUAUCCAUCUGUGGGGAUGGUUUAACAUUCGUCACAGAUGUUUACAAGUUUUCAACAGCGGUUUAUGGCUGUGUGUGACGCUAAGUACUUUCAUGUUCGUCCAGGGAAUGAUCGUUAGUGGAUUUGUUGCUACAAGUAUAUCAACCAUCGAGCGUCGUUUUGAACUUCCGAGCAUCGCUACAGGACUUAUAGUUUCGGUUUAUGAUCUUACCGCUGCCAUUUGUGUUCUGUUUAUGAGUUUUUACAGCGAUUAUGGAAAUAAACCGAGAAUUCUUGCAAACUCUACCAUAGAUUGUGUCACUGAAGAAGAGACUUCCAAAUCUCACAUUUUAAUUGUUUUCAUCAUUGGCCAAGUUUUGAUUGGUUGUGGUGCAUCCCCGCUGUAUACACUGGGUACUACUUAUCUGGACGAAAAUGUCAGAACCGAGAAAGCAGGGAUAUAUGUGUGUGACAAUUACUCAAGAACAUCCAGCCUGGGUCGGUGCUUGGUGGUUGGGUUUUUUAUUGGAUCCAUAGCUGUAUGGUGUAUAGUGUUGCCAAUUAGUGGUUUCCCAAGAGAAAUGAAAAAGACAAAACAAAUCAAGGAAGAGGAACAAUUAGAGAUGCUUGCUUCAUCAUCCCCAGACGUUGCUAAGAAACCACGAUAUGGAAUGUCAGUCAAUGAUUUCCCAUCCUCUGUUUGGUCAUUACUACGAAAUGCUACUUAUUUGUGUAUAACUGGGACAGCCAUCACAGAAGGUCUUCUGAUUGGUGGAUUUACGUACUUCAUGCCAAAAUUUAUUGAAAAUCAGUUUGCUGUAACUUCGUCUGCAGCAUCUGCGCUUUGUGGUGUUGCUGUGAUUCCUGGUGCUGCAGGUGGUACGUUUCUUGGUGGGUGGUUUAUCAAAAAAUUCAAACUUCAAAGUGCUUGGAAUGAUCAGACAUUCUAUAACUGUCAGUGUAUCCCAGAAUUCAACUGUACAGUGAAUGGUGAAAGUUACAGCAGUGGAUGUGCUACUGUGGGAGAAUGCGACAAAGCUUGCUGGACUUUACCAGUGUUCUUAAUGUUAUUUUUUCUGUCUAUGUUGAUGAACUUCCAAUUGACCGUCCCUGCUGCUGCGAUAACACUAAGAUGUGUCCCAGAAAAUCAAAGGAUGCUGGCAAUGAGUAUCCAGUCUGUAUUCGCCAGGUUGUUUGGAGCUGUACCUGGAUUGUUAAUAGUUGGUGCUACUAUCGACAGUACAUGCCUAAUAUGGCAGGAGUCAUGUGAUCAGACUGGUGCAUGCUGGAUGAUUUACAAGAUAAAGACACUUGGUGGUAUAUUGAUUGACUUUAAAACGAAAUACCGAAAUGGUGCAGCAGAUUUAGCGAAGGAAGAGCCGUUAAUUAUCAGGGAAGAUAGUCGGGCUAACCUCAGUGAUGAGCAAACCCCAAUGAAAUUAAAAGCAGCAAAAGAUGAAUAA